AUGGUGGAUCGCUUCGUCAAGCUCCGGGCUGAGCCCCUCGAGGGCGAGCCCAUGUACACGCUCGAGUUUGCCGACGGCACGACUCGCCAAGUGACCGAGGACGAGAAGUGGGCUCUCAAGCGGGCCCACAUCCGCUUCUUCGACAUCACUGACCAGGGAGACGAGCUGGCAGUCUUCUCGCCCCCGUCCGUCCAGGCCUUUGCCGACGGCGAGAUGACCAUCCAGGCGUUCCCUACCACGCUGACCCAGGGCACGGCCGUGCGCAGCCUGAUCGCCAAGUACAGCAUCGACAACGUGCGCACGACGCUGACCAAGUUCUCGAGCUUCUUCAACCGGUACUACCGGUCCACGUACGGCGUGCAGUCCGCGCAGUGGCUGUUCGACACGGUCUCCGCGACCAUCGCGGCGAGCGGCGCCAAGAACGUCUCGGUGCGCAAGGUGACGCACACCUUUUCCCAGUUCUCCGUCGUCGCCACCAUCACGGGCACCUCGGCCAAGACGGUCGUGGUCGGCGCGCACCAGGACUCGAUCAACCAGGGCAACCCGAGCAACGGGGAGGCCGCGGGCGCCGACGACGACGGGUCGGGCUCCAUGGCGAUCCUCGAGGCCUUCCGCGUGCUGCUGACCGACGCCAAGAUCGUGGCGGGCCAGGCCCCCAACACGCUCGAGUUCCACUGGUACGCCGCCGAGGAAGGCGGGCUGCUCGGGUCGCAGGCCAUCUUCCAGCAGUACGCGCGCGACGGCCGCAACGUGGCCGCCAUGCUCCAGCAGGACAUGGUGGGCUACUCGCCCAAGGGCGUGUUCGGCGUCAUCACCGACAACGUGAGCAGCACGCUCACGAGCUUCACCCGGCUCGUCAUCGGCGCGUACACGAGCAUCAAGAGCGUCGACACCAAGUGCGGGUACGCCUGCAGCGACCACGCCUCGGCCACCCGCAGCGGGUACCCCAGCGCGUUCGUCUUCGAGGCCAGCUUCAGCGACAGCAACCCCAACAUCCACAGCGUGAGGGACACGAUCGACAAGGUCAACUUCCCGCACGUGCUGGAGCACGGGAAGCUGAUCCUGGGGUUCAUGUAUGAGCUUGCUUUUGCUCCUAACAUUUGA